GUUUUGGCUUGAUUGUUAGAUGUGUGAUAGGGGUAUGCUCUGUCAUGAACUCACGAUGCUAUGAUUAUCUCACUCAGCUAUGAGCUGAACCCCCUUUUAUUCUUCUUCUCUGCUUAUGCUAUGUGUAAGCAGAUCAUCAGCAGCAGCAGUAGAUAAGUGUUAGGUGGGAGAGGAGCUAGAGUUGAAGCCACGAUGAGGUUCGCAUCAGGCAUAAACUCCCCAUCUGCAGUCUGGUCAACAAAUCCUACCUCUCCAGAUUACAGAUGGAUUGUGCAAUUGCAAAUGAUGCUUUGAAUGUGAAUGAUCCUCCUGUGCCUAGUUCUCUAAAUCCUGAUGUUAAUGACAAUGUUAACGGUAAUGGUAAUGGUACUGUUAAUGGUAAUGGUAAUGAUGUUUUGGUUGAUGGGAUUGAAACUGGUGAAGUCAUUCUUAAGGAAGAUAAGAAGUUGACUUCUGAUGUCUGGCCUCAUUUUGUUAGAGUGAAGUUUAAUGGUGUUGUUAAGGAUAAGUGUCGUUACUGUAAAAAACGACUUGGUGGUGAUACUAGUAAUGGAACCUCCCAUCUGAGGCACCAUUAUAAAACUUGUACUCAAAGAAAGAUACAUGAUGGUAGACAGAGAGUUCUGUGUCCUGAUUAUAAACCA